AAAUACGCAUGUUCAACUUAAAUAAUAAUCACCCUUUUCACAGCUUUGGGUCCCUCCCUUUCCUCCGUGGUACAAUUAUUACACUCUUUCAUGGCGCUCCUUUACCCUUAUUUUUCCUUUAAUUUUCACAUGAAAACCACAAAAAAUCACAGCGAAACUCUUCACUUUUAUUAUAAUGCGCAAUGAUUAAAUUUCCCUUUUUUAAGGUCCAAUUUUUGGAAUCUUCUUACCCUUGUUCUUCUAGUCUUAGUUGUAUAAACAAAAACAACUCUUUGUUGGUUUUGGGUGGUGGGUUUUUAAUUUUAGGGAGGAAUCUUUGAGGAGUUGACCUAAUUCUUCUGUUUUGCUCUUUAUUUCUAUAAUUUUUUUUUUUGUUGAUUUGUUUUGGUUUGGUAGAUUUGGGUUGGUUUCCUUCUUUGAGGAGUUUCUUCUGUGAAAGUAAUGAACUGGGUUAUGAUUUAAUGUUUUUGUUGAUGUGUAAUAGUUGAUUUACUCAUGAAAUUGCUACAUUGAAGGCUGAAUUUUCAGUGAAUGUAGGUUUUUUUUUUUUUUUUUGGGCAAUUAAGGGUUGAAUUUGAGGUUGAGUUGCUUAACAAAGAGGCUACAUUUUUCUCUUUCUUUUGAUGUUUUGAGAAACUUGGUUGAAAAUUUCAAGCUUUUGAGUUUUAGUUUUCCUGGGUUUAAAAAGUUUGUGGUUGAUAAUCGAGAAAAAAUGGCUUGUGUGAAAUUGGGAUCCAAGAUUGAUGCAUUUCAGAGAAAAGGGCAGGCAUGGUUUUGCACAACUGGUCUUCCAAGUGAUAUUGUUGUUGAGGUUGAAGAGAUAACUUUCCAUCUCCACAAGUUUCCUUUACUUUCACGGAGUGGUGUCAUGGAAAGAUUAAUUGCAGAAGCCGAUGAAGGAGAAGAGGGUUCUGUUAUAAGCAUAAGUGAUUUGCCUGGUGGAGCUAAAAUGUUUGAACUUGUUGCCAAAUUCUGCUAUGGGGUUAAACUUGAACUUACAGCCUCAAAUGUUGUAUACUUGCGUUGUGCUGCUGAACAUCUUGAGAUGACUGAGGAGUAUGGAGAAGGCAAUUUAAUCUUUCAAACAGAAACUUUCCUGAAUCAAGUGGUUCUUAAGAGUUGGAAAGAGUCUUUGAGAGCUCUUCAAACCUGUGAUGACAUACUUUCCUAUGCUGAUGAACUCCACAUUACAAAGAGAUGUAUUGAAGCAUUGGCUGUCAAGGCAAGCACUGACCCAAAUCUAUUUGGCUGGCCUGUUGUGGAGCGCGGUGGCCCAAUGCAAAGUCCUGGUGGCAGUGUCUUGUGGAAUGGCAUCAGCACAGGGGCUAGACCUAAAAAAUCGAGCACGGAUUGGUGGUAUGAUGAUGUGUCAAUUUUGAGUUUCCCUCUUUACAAGAGGCUGAUAUUAGCCAUGGAAUCUAGGGGGAUUAAGCCAGAAAUCAUUUCUGGUUCUAUUGCUUAUUAUGCUAAAAGAUAUCUACCUGGGUUGAACCGACGACAGGGUGCAGGUGAUUCCAGCUCCCGCCUUGGGCCUCCACCUAUGGCAAGUCCACCUUCAGAACAUGACCAGAAGUUAUUGGUUGAAGAGAUUGACCAAUUGCUUCCUGUGCACAAAGGACUCGUUUCAACCAAGUUCCUCUUCGGUCUCCUUCGAACAGCCAUGAUACUUCGAGCAGACACAACAUGCAUAUCAAGCUUGGAGAAGAGAGUCGGAAUGCAGCUUGAUCAAGCGAAUUUAGAAGAUCUUCUGAUGCCUAACUUCUCCUAUUCAAUGGAGACACUGUAUAAUGUGGAUUGUAUACAAAGGAUUCUUGAGCACUUUUUGACCAUGGAUCAGGCUAAUGGUGAUGAUUCCCCUUGCUCCAUUGAUGAUGAUCAAUUGAUAGUUUCACCUUCUUUGACUCCUAUCACAAUGGUUGCGAAAUUGAUCGAUGGAUACCUUGCUGAGGUGGCACCUGAUAUUAAUCUCAAGCUACCUAAAUUUCAAGCCCUUGCUGCAGCUGUUCCUGAGUUCGCAAGACCUUUGGAUGAUGGUCUUUAUCGUGCCAUUGACAUCUAUCUAAAGUCACACCCUUGGCUAUCCGAGUCAGAAAGAGAACAACUCUGCAGGCUAAUGGACUGUCAGAAACUAUCCUUGGAAGCUUGCACUCACGCUGCCCAGAAUGAGAGGCUACCCCUAAGAAUAAUAGUACAAGUUCUGUUCUUUGAGCAGCUGCAGCUAAGAAAUUCGAUUGCUGGGUGUUUUCUGGUUUCUGAGAAUCUUGAAGGUUCAAGACAGUUGAGAAGCGGCAUGGUUGGAUCCAAUGAAGGAGGAGGUUGGGUUACAGCAGUGAGAGAGAAUCAGGUUCUUAAGGUUGGAAUGGAUAACAUGAGAAUGCGAGUUUCUGAACUUGAGAUGGAGUGCUCAAACAUGAGAAACGAGAUUGAAAAGUUAGGUCGAGUAAAGGGGUCGGGGUCGGGCACUUGGGGUAACGUUUCUCGGAAGUUGGGGUUCAGGUUGAAGUCUCAAAUGUGCAGUGCCGAAGAAGGGUCAGUCAGUAACCAAAGUAGUGUCGUAAGUGGGAAGGCUGAGAAACUGAAGGAAAAGCAUGGGAAGCACAAAAAGAACCUGUAAUCUCAACCUCUUGUCCUUUUCUCAACAGCUUUCCUGCAAUUCCUCUAUUUAAUGCUGACUUUUCGUUCAUUCUGAGAAGUGACCACGUCUUUUGUAAGCAGGAUGGGCUAUAUUGAUACGUACAAGUUGUAUUAAUCUCGUUGGGUUACAUGUGUAUUCUUCUUAGGGCUGUUAGUGAUAUGAGAAAAAUCUUUUGUAUUUUCUUCACCUUCUUGAUUAAAGUUCAAAUUCGUCAUUGUAUGCAAUUCUGGUGUCAUAAUAUGAUCUCCUACUUCUUUUGAGUAAGGGAGCAUUUUGAAUAGGAGUAAGUGAUCAUCUGUCAAA